CUUGCACAUGUAUAUACAUAUAUGGAUAGAAUUGAACUAUAUAAAAUCACGUCAACUCACGGAAACGUUUCAUUAGUUAUUGAGACAUCAAACGUGAAGGGUGUGUGAAUAUUAUCCAGUUAUAAAAGUUCUUUGGUCACAUCAAUUAUUAGGACGAUGGAACUUGACAAGCAUGCGCACCAAUCAAAAUAUCAGCUUUAUUCCGGAAAUGUCAUAAAAAGUUUGACAGUUAACAAUUUGGGAAAAUUAUACCCACAUCAAAUAAAGGCGCUAUUGGCAGUGAAGGCAUAUUUCGACAGCAGUCCGAACAUUCCAGAACAUCCAGCAUUGGUCGUUGCCCCAACAGGCGCCGGAAAAUCAGGGAUAAUUUCUUUGUUGCCGUAUGUGUUGGGAUCAGCGAAAGCUUUUGUCUUGUCACCUUCCUUGUGCAUCACCGAUCAAUUGGAGAAAACGUUCGGGCUAAAAAAUGAAAACGUAAAGGAUAGCUUUGUCUUUGAAAUUGGACUGGUGAAAGAGGAGGAUUUGAAUGGAUUUUUAGAACGUGGUCUGGUGAUUAGAAAUGCAACUGCACCGGUGAACAUGAAAUGGUCAAACUUGGUUAUAGUUAACGCACAAAAAUUUAGCACAAGAAGUAGCUGUAGACUUGCAAUGCCCACGGCUCUCCAAGAAGAUUGUGACGAGGAAAUACGUGACAUGAAAGCUGUUAUUAAAAAAAUCCAAGAGAAUUUCAUGUCGUUCACCACCCUUAUUGUUGACGAAGCUCACCAUUAUCCAGCCUCAACCUGGGAUUUAAUUGUUAAGGAAUUUAAAGGCAAACAAAUUGUGUUCCUUACUGCUACUCCGUAUCGAGGAUCGGGCAAGGAUCCAUUAUGGAAAGGUCAAGAAAUUACGCACAAAAUCAACCAGCAAACACUGAUCGAUAAUAAUACUCUCCGUCCCAUUGAAUUUCGAGAAGUAAAGAACAGUGAAAUACCAUGGAGCACUAAUUUUGGCGAAUCUGACUGGCAGCUUAAAAAGUUGGAACGUAUUAUUCUUGAAAUUAUCAACGACCAUGAUCGACAAGUGCCUGGUGUGCAGCAUAAAGCUAUGGUUCUGGUGAACACCAUUGCAGAAGCCGAAGAUGGGUCAGCAGCCAUGGACAGAUCUACAUAUUACACUUCACAAGAUGGGACACAAAAUCUUCGAGCGUUUGAAAAUGGCUUGUACCGAAUUUUGUUUGUAUGUGGCAGACUUUUAGAAGGAUAUGAUAAUAGCGAAAUUAGCGUUUGUGUAAUCUUACGGAAUGUAGGAAGUCCAGGUAUUUUCACCCAAUUUGUGGGAAGAUGCAUUCGAACUAAUCCUAAAGAUGGAUCAGACACUGUAACUGCCGUCGUACUUUCACCCGAAGUUUACAAGCAGCAGAAGAACUUUAAUGAGUAUAAGAACUAUAAUGGACUUAUCUAGAAAAAUUUGUCUCUAGUAAUACGCUUAUAGCAAUAUGACUGAUAAAAGGAGUUUUAUAUUUGUAAUGCAUAAUCUUUAUAAGUUCAUAAGUUUUUAAUUUUUGACUAUCAUUCCUUUGAGUUUUUAUUAUUUUAAAAGAGCUGGACCUAAAUGUGUACUACUCUUAAAUUCUCAUUAUUUGACUUCAACCCCAUUGUAUCUUCGAUUAUGUCACAUUUUUCAUCUCAGAUAUAAAUAUGCGUUUAUAUGUAUAAUGUACAACUUCAGUUAUUAGUGUUAAUUCAAUACAUACUUUUGUAAUGCAUAAUAUAAAGUUUUUGCUGUUUAAUAUUUAUUGAUUUUGUAAUAAAAGUUUUUUAAUUGCUCUGCA